AUGGCGGUGCGUAGAGACAAUGUCCGUCGUCGCGUCGCACACAAUUCGGUCUUACCUUUCGCCGUCCUCCCUCCAUGCUCAUUCCGCGCUCGCCCUCUCUCACCCUUCCCCGCGCAGGCCGCGAAGAUCCCGGUGGAGCUACAGCUGGCGGCGGACGAGGCGGCGUGGCUCGCCCAGAUGGCCGCCACGCACGGGUUGCCCGACGCUGGCAAGGCGCUGCGCAUCGUGCUGACGUAUGCCAGGGACGAGAAUUUGGGGGCUCUGGGCGGCAAGGAGGGCCUCCAGUCACCCUCCUCAUCGCUCGCAACCCACUCAUUCGAAAUCGAGUCUUUCGCGGUGCGGGUGCUGCUGCACCACGUGCAGGCAGGUGUGUCAGAGGCAAUCCUCUUUGGCCUCGUGCGCUGCAAGUGCCCCCUCAACUGCACCUCCUGCCCCGCCCACGCCGCCGCCGCUGCUGCCAAGGCUGCACCCUCUGCUGCGCCUGCCGCUGCUGAGUAG